AUGUCGACCAAGGAGGCGGCAAUGAAGGCUCAUCAGAUGGAGGACGUAGAGAUCCGCAACAGCGAGAUCUUAACCGGGAACGAUGUUCCGAACCUUGUGAGUGCAUUGGGCCAAGACGACUCCUCUCCUCCAGCUAAGGAUCCUCCUAAACCGGGGAUCUUCGGAAAGCUGUUCUUCACAUGGAUGGAUGAUAUCAUUCGGCUCGGUCACCAGAGAAACAAGAAGGCCGAGAACUUGGAAGCCUCCGACCUGCUGACCUUGCAGAAGCAGUUUCAAGCAGAGCACAUCAUGCAGGAAGUGGAGAUGCUGUGGGAGGAGGAGAGGCAGAGGCCUAAACCUUCUCUUGCUCACGUGUUGUGGAGGAAGACAAGGGGGUUGCUCCUUCUGUCCGCGUUCUUUGAGUUGUUCAGAUUGAUCGGAUCUUUCUCGAGCCCCUUGCUUGUGAAGCAGAUCAUCAUCUACAUCCAGAAAGAUGAGAAAGACCUCAAGACUGGGUUCGGGCUGACUAUCUUGAUGGUGGUUGGAACAUCGCUGGUAGCCCUGGGCAAGUCCCACGCGUUUCACAAAGCUCUUGCGGCCGGUCUGGUGGUCAAGGCUUCAUGCAACAGUCUGGUUUAUUCCAAGUGCCUGCGGCUGAGCAACGCGGCACGUCAAGAACGGUCAACGGGAGAGAUUGUGAACCUAAUGUCGACAGAUGCUGAGAGAAUGUUUCAAUCUUUCCUCUCCUUCAAUGCCGCCUGGUCUGCCCCGGUGCAGCUUGUGCUAGCGCUCUACCUCAUUUACGUCGAGGUGAAGGACGCAACGUGGAUCGCGCUCGGCGGGCUCUUCUUCGUCUUCUUUGCGCUGGCCGUGAUCUUCAUGAAGAUCAUGAAGCUGGAAGGGCUGAGGAUGAAGGCGGCGGACGCAAGGGUGAAGCUGCUCAACGAGAUGAUCCAGGGGAUGAAAGUGAUCAAGCUCAUGGCAUGGGAGGACCCCAUGCUGCUCGAGUGUGACAAGCGAAGGGAAGUGGAGCUGAAGCAUGUUCGAGAACUCGCUAUCACCAAAGCCAUGAUGAUCGCAACGAUCCCCGAGGCGAUCAGCGCGUACGCGCGGACCAAGAUCUCCGUGGGGCGCGUCCAGAGCUUCAUCAUGGGGGAGGAGCAGGAGAAGAGGAAGGAGGGGGGGACUUCGAUGGAGGAAGGAGUUGUGAUCUCGAUCAAGAACGGGUACUUCUCGUGGGGAUGCAAGAAAGCAAAGGUUGGAGAUUGUGUCGAGGGGAGGGAGGAGGAGGAAGAGGAGAAGGGGAAGGAGAAGAAGAAAAAUGACGGAAAGGCAAAGAAAGAGGACAAGGAGAAGGAGGAGGAGAGCAAACCCUCGGAGAAGGCUGACGAGGAGCUCGCAAACGUUGCAGCGCAGGAAGAGCAGGACAAGCCGACGCUGGAGGACAUCAACCUGACGGUGCGCAAGGGAGAGCUUGUCAUCGUAACAGGCAAGGUCGGCUGUGGCAAAUCCUCCCUCCUCUCCGCCAUCCUGCAGGAGAUCUCGACAGUCAGCGGGCAAGUCUCUUCCUCCGGCUCCAUCGCCUACGCCUCCCAGUCCUGCUGGAUCCAGAGCGCCACCGUGAGAGAGAACGUGACGUUCAAGUCUCGGCUGGACCCCGAGCGCUUCCGCCUCUCCCUCCGCGUCUCUGCCCUUGACUCUGACAUGGACGUCCUGCCUGCCGGGGAGGAGACUGAGAUCGGAGAGAGAGGGAUCAACCUGUCGGGCGGGCAGAAGGCGAGGAUCCAGCUUGCUCGCGCGGUCUACAGCAACGCUGACAUCUACCUCCUCGACGACCCUCUCUCUGCUGUCGACACGCACGUGGCACGGAAGCUCAUGGACGAGUGUAUCCUCGGGGAGCUGAAGGAGAAGACGCGUCUGCUCGUGACGCAUCAGAUCCAGUACCUCUCGCUCGCUGACAGGAUCGUGGUCAUGGAUGGAGGAAAGAUCGUUGCGCAGGGGAAGCUGGAGGAGGUGGAGAGCCACAUCGACCUCUCGUCCCUCCAUCAGGCGCACAAGGAGGAGGAGGAGGCUGGGGAGGGCGAGGAGGAGAAGGUAGGGACGAAGGAGAAGGCGGAAGGAGACGCCAAGAAGGGGCAGUUGACAGGGUCAGAGGAGAGAGACAAGGGUGCUGUUAGCACCGAAAUCUACAUGCUCUACUUCCGCGCGUGGGGAUCGAAGCUUCACCUCGCCAUUCUCGUCCUCCUCUUCAUCGCCGUCCAGUUCCUCACCGACGGGACCGACUUCUGGCUGACCCUAUGGUCGAUGGCCGUGGACCCGACUCAAGACCCUCCGCUCUCCUCCCUCAAAAACCGGCACGACUCCUUCUGGAAUGGCAUCUACGCCGGCAUGGCGGUUGGAAGUGUCCUUCUCACGCUGGUACGCGGAGUCUUCUUCCAGCAUCUGGAUGCUCGGGGCCUGUAUCCUGAUCUGCAUCCUCCUACCCUGGUUCUGCCUCCCUUCCUCCCCAUCAUCUUCAUCUACAAGAUGACGGAAGCAUACUUCACCCCGACCGCGCGCGAGCUCCAGCGACUGGAGUCCGUCGCUCGUUCCCCCAUGGUCUCUCACUUUUCCGAGACCAUCCUCGGCCUGGUCACCAUCCGCGCCUUCUCCCGCUCCCCCCUCUUCCAUGCUCGCUCCCUCUUCCUCCUCGACCUCAACCUCCGCCCCCAGAUGCUCGGGCAGGAGGCUCGCAGGUGGCUGGACCAGCGACUGGAGAUGGUGAAUAUUCUGGUUCAGUUCUUCACCGCUGCCUUCUGCAUCAUCGCAAGGAACUCCAUCUCUCCCCAGUACGCCGGACUCGCACUGACCAAGGCCAUGUCGAUCUCUUCCAUCCUUGGCUUCCUAGUCAUGAUGCGAACUAUGCUCGAGACUGGCAUGAACGCGGUGGAGAGGAUUGACUUCUAUACGCACAACAUCGAGCAGGAGGAAGCGAUCGCUGCCCCUGAGCCUGCGGAACUCUCGGAGGACUGGCCGAGGACGAGCAACAUAGCCUUCGAGGGAUACAGCAUGCGCUACCGCCCGGGACUUCCACUUGUCCUCAACAACCUCAGCUUUAAGAUCAAUGCAGGAGAGAAGAUCGGUAUCGUGGGCAGAACAGGCUCGGGCAAGUCGAGUAUGCUCGUUGCUCUCUUCCGCCUCGUCGAAGGCGCAGGUAUUUCCGUCGUGUCUUUCUGA